AGUAGGCCUUGGUGAUCAUCGCUCAAAUUGCUCAACCAACCCAUCCACCGGGUAUAAGGACAAUGGGCGUACAUGAACCAUGUAGCAUCCUUGACUGAUAGAUUAAACUGAGCCGAGCGGUUGACGAUGCAGGCAGGCUAGGUAAAAGAGGCGGCCAAAUUUCCUCCAACAUCCUUGCCAAUUCAGUGAACAUUCGAAGGAAAUUGCGAGAGUGUAACGCACUUACAAGAGAGACGGAGAGGGAUCGAGAAGAAAAACAACCAAAAGCUGACUGACAGCAAAAUGCACAGCAUCCCAUCCUGGCAUCGGUCGCAGAUUUACGCGAGAGCAAAUCUCACUCACAGGAGCAGCAACCAGCCAAACCAGCAGCAGCAGCAUUCAGAGCAUCGCGUGUGUGAAAAGUGAAAAGUGAUCUCGUUUCGGGAAAAAGGCGAAAAAUUUUGCUGCUGCAAGUUGGACGGACUUGAAUCGUCAUUUGCAACCAGAGUGUGUGCGUCCGUGAAACCGUACCAGAACCGUGAAUCGGAAUGAACCGUGACCGCUGCAGGGAAGGUCGUGAAAACUCGUGAACUGUGCCCUUUUGCGUACCGCGUAUCUCGGUUCGGACGUGGAGAUUUUUGCGUUCUUGCAUGGCUUUUUUGGUGAGGCAAAGAAAAAACUUGGUCGGGGCGUCGACUCGCGGGUCCACGGUCGCAUAGAGGAAUUUCUCGGCUAAAUCCGGUGGUCCACACAGCAAAUGGAGCACUUUUCGCAGGAAAUAUGAGAAAAAUUCGGAUUAUUCGACGAUUUUUUCAGGGAGUGGAUAGUGUAAUAUAAAAAAAAUGGUGAAAAUGGUAGGUUUUCUCGAAAAAGGAUAACAGCCAAAACGGGUUCAAAUGCGAAGAAAAGAGCAAAAUGUGUAACCAACCUGGUGAAAUAAAGUUUGAAAAGCAUCGAUCAGGAAUGAAAAUGGUGUUACGCACUAUCAUGUUUCUAGCCAGUGAUGAGAUGGUCGCUGAUAAGUCCUUCCUAUCGGCAGUGAGUGAUGGCGACGAGAAAAAGAAGAAGUAUGGUAUCGAUGGUGAAGGCAAGACCACCUCAGUAAGGAUUUAAGAAGAAGCAAAAUGUGUAGAUCGAAAAAGUCGACGUAUUGAAAAUGAAGUGUAAAACGUAAAAUGUAGUUCGACAAUGCCUCAGUGUAAAACUAUUAUGUCAACUAUUUGAACGGAAGAAAAAAGUAAUUUUACAGUCAUACAUUUUUUUACUCUACAACAGUGCCAAUAGUAGCAGGAGUAACAUCAGUCGAAGAAAAAAGUAAUCCUCGUACAGAGCGAAAAAGCUGUCAGUGGGUUGGAGCGCAAGGAUUUUCUUGUGAGCUACACACAGUAUUUACCGCCCAUCAUAGACGGUAUCCUGCUUGGGCUGUCUCUCAAAGAUCGCCUGCCGAAUUUUCUCUCCUGCUCACGCUAUCUUAUCGCUUCAAACACAAAUGCAGCCGUACACCAAUACAGUUGCAAUUCCACCAGUGGAGAUCAGUGUAGGAAGAGAAAAUCAUUAAAAAAAAAUACAAGCAUUUAAAAAGUUCAAUCGCAAAAUGCCAAAAACUACGACUUACGGUCUAACCUCGCUAUCGACAGUCGAUCCUAGUAGAUGGCGAACGCUGGAACUGCUUGUUCUGGCAUUAUUCAGCCUGCUGCUAUUGGAUCAGGCGCUUGGCCAGCGGCCUCUCGGUAACGCCACAUUUGGGAUAUCCCACAACUCAACGGGUGUGAUAAAUGUCCUGCAAACCCCGACAACCCGACAUCCGUCGGAUAUGGAACACCAUCAGCACCCGGCACACAGUAGUAGUACCAGCAACCAGAUCGCCAUCGCAGGCGUUGAAGAAAGCGACGGUGCUCCUCCACAACCCAGCAUAAAUGAUAUCACGUCUGAAUCCGGGCCUCGGAAUGGGGCUCAAGAUAUGAUCCAGAGGAGUCGCAGCAUCAAUCCGUACUUUCCGACACCGGCAACGCCGCAGGGAUCCGGUGGUGAUGAUGGGCACAACGAUCGACGGAAUCUGCCCUUCAAUCCACUGCGUCGGAGAAAGCCGGUGUCGGGCAUGUCGGAGUUGCGGAAAUUCAACCAGCAAAAAAUGGCUGCAGCUGCGGCCAACGAGAACGGCAUCGAACGGGGCAACGACAGCAGCAACUCGCGUCAGCACUUUCUCGGUAGCGGGAAUGUCGGCAUGCCGGUACAGUCUCCCGGAUAUGGCGGUCAGCGUCGAGGUAGACCGUACGAUAAUCGGCAGGGAGACGAUCCGUUGCGAACGAUCCGGGAGAAAUUCACCAAUGAGCGCUGGCACAAUACGAUGAUCGACCGCGCCGAGAUAGACGACAUCCUAGGGGUGAAGUGUAACUUCGAAACCGAGUGCGCUUGGACGUGGGACGAACAUGAUCAGAACGGAUUCCAGGUGGUAACCGGUGCCAAUUUGACGGAAUCGAACCGUACCGGUAUGAUGCCAGGUCCAGCUGCUGACGUGCUAAGCGAUGCCAAUGGGCACUUUCUGCAUCUCCGAUUAACCGUAAAUAGUACCCCGCAAAUACUGACAUCGCCGGUAUUUGCCGCCACCCGGGAGAAUUGCUACCUGGAGAUGUUGACCCACCAAAGUUCGAUGGGGUACGGUAGUUUGCGAAUUGUGAUCGAAACGAUCGGGAACCACGAGUCUUCGUGGGUCCCGGCGGAGAUCAUGGGUAACGACUUGCGACGGUGGCAGUUGAAUACAUUCCGAAUCGAUCGGAUAUCGAAGGAUUUUAAGAUCCUGUUCGAAGUGGUUCCUAAUCGUCUCGGGGGACAGGCCAGAGGACAUGUCAGCAUUGACAAUCUGCGGAUGGUUAACUGCUUCCCGGAUUCGAUGAACACUAACAACUGUAGCUACUCGCAGGUUCGCUGCACCGCUAACAAGGUUCCUGUUUGCAUUAAAACGCCAAAUAUUUGUGACAUUACCGUCGAUUGUGAUGAGGAUGAAGAUGAGACUCUUAAUUGCGACAAAAUCCCAUUCGGUGGCAGGUGUGACUUCGAAAGUGGAUGGUGUGGUUGGCAGAACUAUGGGAAUGCCAUACUGUCGUGGGCACGUCAUUCGGGCCCUACGCCAACGGAGAAAACCGGACCGGAUAUGGAUCACACCCACGAGGGAACCAAUGUGACAGGGUACUACAUGUUCGUUAACAUGAACCAGCAUGCCAACGACAGUGAGAAAAAGACUUUGGUAGGACUGGCCAGCAACGCCAUCAUGAACAGCGUAAUAUUUAAUCCGCCACCUUUGGUACACAGCAACGUGUCCUCUCCGUAUCGUAACUCAUGUGUAGUUCGCUUCUACGUCCAUCAGUAUGGUAUGAAUCCAGGUAGCAUCAAUCUAUCGAGUGUGGAAAUCAAGGAAAAGGAAAACGUCACCACCACUUUGUGGUGGAGCUCGAAGAAUCUCGGCGAAGAUUGGGUCCGGGAGGAUAUCGUCCUACCAAAUAUUACCACCAAGUAUUAUCUGCAGUUCGAGGCUCGCAUGGGAAUGCGUAUCUUUUCGGAUGUAGCGAUUGAUGAUUUCUCGCUGAGUCCGGAAUGUUUCGGACUCAACAUACCGGCCGAUCACCUGCAAGGCUACAACUACUGGGAUCCACGGAUCGGCGGGAUCAAACAACCUCACAAAGACUUUGUCGGGAAGUCUUAUAUCGAGCUCAAUACUUGUGGCGCCAAAGGGCAGCAAGGUCCAACUCCAGCUGACUGUCUGGAGUCAUACAAUAAUACGGAAGCGUUCAGUGCUAUCCAUGUGAUUGACAGUCAUCCGUUCAAAGGUAUCCAGGCGUGGAAGGUUCCUAAUGAGGGUUACUACACAAUCAUUGCCAAAGGGGCCGGUGGUGGUCUUGGUUCAGGUGGAGUUGGAUCUUCUCGAGGGGCACUAGUUCUGAGUGUACUGGAGCUGCAUAAGGAUGAAGAAAUAUAUAUCCUUGUGGGGCAGAGCGGAGAACAUGCCUGUAUAAAAUCUAUGGGAUAUCGAGACGAAACUUGUGAGCCCAGGAAUAAGCAAUACUCAAAGGAGAUGUAUACCUCUAAGACGCAGCAGGUGAAGAAUACAGUCAUUGAGGACGGCGCUGGUGGAGGAGGCGGAGGAACUUACGUGUUUUUGCUCAACUCCGCAAACACCGCUGUACCUCUACUAGUGGCUGGAGGUGGUGGAGGUCUUGGUGUAGGUCGCUACCUGGAUGAAGAUAUUCAACACGGAAAGAAGUUUCUACUAGGUAAAAAGGAUGUUUCUGGAACUGCCCAUUCGGAUCUGGCUCGUCAUGCCGGCCCCGGUGGAGGUUGGCGCGCACAAGCCGACAUGGGUCUGGAUCCAAAAUACGGCGCAUCGCUGCUGGAAGGUGGUCGUGGAGGUUUACCGUGCUAUCCGCCCCGAGGGACUCACGGACAAGGUGGUUUCGGUGGUGGUGGCGGUGGAUGUGAUUCUGGUGGCGGAGGUGGAGGAUUCUCCGGUGGCGAUACAAUGAUCAAUUCCACUAACGGACAGGGAGGAAGUUCUUUCCUGGUGUCCAAACGAAACGUUCCGGAACUAUCAAUGGAGAGCUCUGGAGCUAACAGCGGACACGGAGCGGUAUUGAUCAUCCCCGCUAUCCAAGGAUGUGGAUGUGAUUACCGGUGCGUUGCACUAGAUGAGUACCGAGCUACGGUGGGCUGUAUAUGUCCCGAUGGUUGGACGCUCAAACCUGAUAAUUAUACUGCUUGUGAAUUACAAAAUGAAACUCUAGAAAUGAAGUACCUUAUCAUAUUCUUUGUGGCCAUUGUGAUAAUUUUAUGUGCAGCACUGGCUAGUCUAAUACUCAUUUUAUAUAAUCGCUAUCAACGUAAGCGGCAAGCCGCUCUCCGCCACAAGAUGCUACUUGAACAGGACUUGCAGCUGAGCCGCUUGCGUAGCACCGCGGACGAUACGGGGCUGACCAACUUUAAUCCUAACUACGGUUGUGACGGUAUUCUGAACGGAAACGUUGACGUUAAGAGUUUGCCCCAGGUGGCACGUGAAAGUUUACGGCUUGUCAAGGCCCUUGGUCAGGGAGCUUUCGGUGAGGUCUAUCAAGGUCUUUAUCGACAUCGGGACGGUGACGCAGUUGAGAUGCCGGUAGCCGUCAAGACUCUUCCGGAAAUGUCUACCGGUCAGGCAGAGUCGGACUUCCUCAUGGAGGCGGCCAUCAUGGCCAAGUUUAACCAUCCAAACAUCGUGCACCUGAUAGGUGUUUGUUUCGAUCGCCAUCCGAGGUUUAUUGUGCUUGAGCUGCUUGCCGGUGGUGAUCUGAAAAACUUCCUUCGGGAAGGCCGCAACAAACCUGAACGUCCAUCUCCACUAACGAUGAAGGAUCUAAUCUUCUGCGCCCUGGACGUGGCAAAGGGCUGCCGGUACAUGGAAAGCAAGCGAUUCAUUCACCGUGACAUCGCCGCCCGAAAUUGUCUGCUCAGUAGUAAGGGCCCUGGUCGGGUGGUUAAGAUAGCCGACUUUGGGAUGGCUCGCGAUAUCUAUCGAUCGGAUUACUAUCGGAAAGGCGGUAAGGCGAUGCUACCUAUCAAAUGGAUGCCUCCGGAGGCCUUCCUGGAUGGUAUUUUCACCUCAAAGACUGACGUGUGGUCGUUCGGUGUGCUGCUCUGGGAGGUGUUCAGCCUCGGUCUGAUGCCGUACACUGGUCUACCCAAUCGUGAUGUGAUGCAACUAGUCACCGGAGGAGGUCGCCUCGAUGCUCCUCCCGGAUGUCCCAACGCUAUCUAUCGCAUAAUGGCCGACUGCUGGAACCCAACACCGGAGGAACGGCCAACGUUCUCGAAUCUGCUGGAACGACUCACGACCUGCACCCAAGAUCCGGAAGUUAUGAACGCACCGUUACCUAGUUUCUUCCGGCCGCCGUCGAAUGAACGAGAUACCACGAUAAUGCGACCGCCCGGAAACGACGACUUCUGUCUACAAGUACCCAACUCAUCGGAUUACUUAAUCCCCCUUCCCGGACCGCGGUCUGUAGCGGAGCGGUUGCUAAGUGAAGCGACCGGAGUUACCAUCCCAGAUUCGAUGGUAACUUGCACCCCGCCAAAAACCGCUUCUCCUAGGAUCAUGAAUGGACCGCUACAAUCACAGGAAGGCAAAUGCUGGGAAACUUCAUUUAUUCGGGAACAUCCCACAGUGGUCUCCGCUGGUCCCACCAUGCCAUCGCAGGAUCCGAUCUUGCUGGUAAAUGAGAAUGGGCCGAUUGAGGUUCCCGGAUGUCCACCGGUGCCCGAUAAGCUGAUAUCACUGGAUACUCCCCAGCAGACGCCUACCAGCAUUCAGCCGCCCAUUUCGUUCAGCACACCGAUGACCAACUCGCAUGGUACUCCGACCAGCUUAACUGGUGUAACCCACAACGGUAUGAUGACGCACUGCAACGGCAACGGUGGCAAUGGGAAUGGUUCCAGCAACGGUAGUCACAAUGGCCACAAUCAUGUUGCGCUACCUCCACCGGUUUCGGUGGAUCAAAUCGAAACGGCAAAACUGCUCAAUAGCAUACCACCUCCGAUCACGCUGGAUCCAUCGACCCUGAACAAGCAGCAGGCGGCAGCAGUCGGAGUGGGUGGAACGUCCUAUGCUAACAUCCGAAUGAUCAACGCAAACAGCCUGAACAAUGGUGAUCACGGUGAGAAAAUGGUCAGCGGAAGGGGUAAUGGAGGCGGUGGUGGUGGUGGUGGCAACAAUCACCACCACAGCAAUAGCAGCGGUAGCGAUAAGAGCAAUGACACCAGACCAGCCCCAUUCACGAUUCAGACCUUCAGUGAUCGGUAUAUAAAUCAGGAGAAUCACUCGGAAAUUAGCUGUUAAGAUGGUUAGCGAUUCCGGGAGGGGCGUUUGUGGUGUGGUGAGGUUAUACGAAACGGUGGUUUCCGGAACGUUUAUCGGCGAGGUGAGAAAAGUACUGAUUUGGUAUUACUUUUUUAAUUGGUUAAGUCUGGCAUAUUGUAUAUUUAUUUCGCUAUGUUGCACUAUGUUGGCUUCAAGGUCGAUACUAGUACUAUAUAUGGUCUAGUGCGCAGAGGAACUAGUUUAACGAUUCAUUGAAAGCGUUUUUGACCUGACCGGUCUUUCGCCAAUUAACACUAGAUUUACAUCGAUGUAUUAUACUGAAACCACCAUUUACGAACUCUUAUUUAACGUAAUAUUCGAUUUACGUAACUCUUUUUUCGAAUUAACUCCAUUUUUGCGAACCAGCUUCGUAAAAAAGUUUGAGUACGUACAGUACAGUGUGAAGUUUAGCUAGCUUUUACAAAUAAAAUUUGGGUAUUUUCGGAAUGGCGUUGACGAGCAGAUGAAAUCGGAAAUCGAUAUAUCAAGCCAUUUUGAAAACCAAGAUGGCAACUUCCGCUUUAGACAAACCUCAACAAUAUGAGUGCUUCCGUGGCUGACGAGUAGAUGACGGCAAUCAAUGUCUGAAUCCAUUUGGAAAUCCAAGAUGGCGAUUUUCGGCUUAGAUAAAUUCUCCAUAAACUCAACAAUAGGGCCACUUUCGGAAUGGGGUUGAUGACGCAAAUCGAUACUUGAAGCUAUUUUUAAAUCCAAGAUAGCGAAUUCUAACAAGCAUUAUAACGUAUUAUCUGCUUCCAAAUAUCUCGACAACAAUCGCAUUUUGGAAGAUUUUUGUUAAAUACAUUUUGAUUUGGAAUGAUACUUAGAAUCAUAUUCUGUAAUAAAAUUACAAUUUUAUAUGUCAAUUGAAUGAUUUAAAAAUAUGUAUAAAGUUAUUGUUAGAAAAACUUUUUAGGGAUCAGUUCUCCAUCAUGUAAUUACAUUUAAAAUGUUUCUGUUCUCUUUGGAUUUUUGUUCACGAAAUAUAAAAAAUCUAAAGCAAUGGGAUGUUUUGCAAUUUAAAUUUUUAACAUAAAUUUUUUUUGGUGAAAAAUGACAAAUUUUUUUCGGUGUGUAUUUUUUUGUAAAGAAAUAUUUAUUUCCUGUAACUCGUUCUCAGAUAGUUUUGUUGUAUAAAGAACGGUUAUCGAACAAUAAUUAUAUACACGUGGAAACGUCUACGCCCUUAUAAAAAAUUGCUCUUGACUCCAAAUAAUCUUUUUGACUUUUUACGAUUUUCGGACGGAUCUCUGUGGAAUUCCUCACCAGCAUACAAAUAUUAAAUUUUAAAGCCUAAUAUUGGCACGAGCCAUGCUAUUAGAAAGCUUUAGCUGUCAUUUUCCGCAAUGGUUUUGCAACGACUUCAUAUGUUUCCUUUUCGGUAUGAUGAACAAAAGGAAAAAAUAUUAAAAUACUGUUUAAAACAACGGGAAGUGCGCUGCUUUUUACUUUUUGAGCUAUAUUACAUAUGUUCAAAUGAAAUAAAAUAUGCCGAAUAUAAUUUUCCAGAGGCAAGAUGCAUAACUAAUAAACCCCCAGCACUACGGUUUUAUAUUUGCUCUAUAAUGACACUACACACACAUGUGAAGCAUACAUGCUUUAAUGAUCCUUGAAGUAUGUACGCGAUAUAUCAGCAGAAUUUCAAUGCUUCAUUAGGGCAAAUGUUAUAGCCAAUAUUGUGCAAUGGCUUAAUACACUCUAAUAUACUCUUGGCCUUCAAAAUGACUUCAUUCAUCGAUUUCCGUCAUAGCGAAAUCGUCUUAGGGAACCGGCGGCUGCUCGUUCGGUAAGCCAUAUGCGCGACUUCCGGAGGGUUAAGGAAAGUAUUAUUUCGAUAUGUGCUACAAUUGAAAUGUUGCAUUCCACUAAGUCGCUCAAAAUGGUGUAAAAAAGUUAUUUUACUGCAAUUUUACCAAAUCAUUUCACUCUUAGUGGUGCUUAUCGCCAGCUGCACUAAGGUCUGGCAGAUUUGUUCUAAUCCAACUGACUAGGUCAACAUCAAACGAGUUCUUGCGGUGUUGUUGCUACUCCAGCAGUGAUCCUUAACUGGGCUAGGGAGGUGAGUUUUGCCCCUUUGUUGCGAAAUUAAAAUUUGUUGGUGACGAAUAACCGACACCACAUAGUGUGAUGUCGCAGCUCUGCCUCCUUUGCUCUCCUUCUCCUGUUAGUUGUGGAGGAGAGCAAUGUUCGUUCGACCGCCACAGUGAGAGUAGCUGGUGCUUUUGUAUUAUUGGCACUUAGUCGGGGAAGUGAAAUACUACACCACAUUAAACCGAUAAAACCGUUCUCAAGCGUGAAAAAUUCACAGUUUUUCUUUAACGUGGUUAUAAAAAUCGAUUAAAGUGCUCUAAAAUGCCUAGCAAUCGCUUUGAUUCCAAUUUCUGUCUCGUUCCACUUAAAAUCCACCACCCCCCAGAUCAGUGAAAAUCUCCGGGUCAAAGCCUCUCCAGAGGUGGCAACCCUAAGCCCAUUUCAAAAAUUCCCUUAUGGUUACAGUUAUAUAGAAUUUCGCUGAACUGGAAGUCGCCAUAUUGGUUUCCAAAAUGGCACCAAACUAUCUAGUCCUCCAUCUACUCGUCAAGCGCGCUCCAAAAAUACAGCGAUCAUUAUGGUUUCAAGCAUAGUGAAGACCUAUUUUUAGCAGCCCAUUGGUGUAUUUUAGAUUAACAAAAUAAGGACAUUGACAAAAUCUAGACAUAUUUUUUCUUUCUUUUUAAUUAACCGAAGUUGUUAAAAUAUACUUCUUUAGUUCCUUUACAUAGCCUCAUAAACCCUUCUGAUUAUUUAGUAUAAAUUUCUCUUAAGUGAGUCUUCCAGUUCAGAAUUAAAAAAAAAUAUUUUUGCAUAUUUUGCAUCUUAGCGAUUCGAUUUGGAGGAUUUUCAUGGGAGGCUGAUAAAAUCUGGGGCUGACAGAAUCAGGGACUGAUAACAUCGUAUCUUCACUGUAUAUUAUCAUCUUGAAUUUCAAACAGGUUCCAAAUGUCCAUUUUCAUCAUCUACUUGUCAAACCCGUUCCAAAAAUAUCCGCAUUGUUAGGGUUAUCAAGAAUAUUGAAGAACCUGAAGCCGCCAUAUUAGUUUUCAAAGGGGGCAAAGCACUCAUUUUCAUCAUCUACUUGUUCCAAAAAUAUUCGUAUUGUUAUGGUUAUCGAUUAUAUUGCUCAACCAACGAAUUUUGAAAUGUGAAACGAACUUUUUUAACGAAGUAAAUCCCAAAUAACGAGCCCGUUUUUACGAACUAAUUCAAUUUACGAACCCCCGAUUUGGCUCGUAAAUGGAGGUUCUAGUGUAUUGAUCAACAGCAACUUCCAAUCGUUGAUGAGAACUGAUUCCAAGUUGCUUGUUGUUGUUUCCUUACUGGUCUUGUUAUAAAGUUUGCUUACUUUGCACUUUGCUUAUGGCGAAUUUUCACUCUGCCUUCACGGCAUUGGCCCUUUCCACGAGAUAUAAUUACUAGAGAAAGUUUAUUUGAAUUGGUUGUCCAACUUGAGUUUUUCCGGUAUAUUUCCUUCGACCAAUUUGAGGCAAGUUGUCCAAGACCACUCCUCUCAAUAUAUAUUCAUCAUAUUCAUCUUCAUAUUUGGAUUUCAUUUUCUUGAAAUCAUCCAGGCUUUUUUGAAUUAAAUUUUUGAAGUUGGGAAUCUUUCCUGAUAUUGGAUAAUUUUCCUUGAUGAUUUCAAAACGUCCCUGUAGUUCGUAGGGAUUCCCUGAAGAAUUUAAAUUGUAUCCUUCCAUGAACUUCUUGGAACUUCCCUAGAAUUCGUUUUUUUGACUCGAAUAAUUUUUUGAUUUUUUCUUUCAAAGCAUAUAUUGCCUAUGAAUGCAAAUCAGUGCCAUAAAGAUAGGAAAUCUUGUAGAAAACGAGAUAAAUUUAGAAAAGCAACCUCAUCAACUUGAGUGCGAUGGAAGCUAGAAAGACUUUACCGAAACUAGUAGAUAUUUCUGAUGAUGAAUGAAAAACAUCAUAAAGUGAAACUUACUUUUACGAACUCUUUUUUUACGUAAUAUUCGAUUUACAUCACUUUUUUCGAACUAAAUUCGAAAUAACGAACUCUUUUUUACGAAACUUGUUCGUAAAAAAUGUUUGUGUUCUCACAGCGCAGUAUUAAGUGGUACAAUUUAAUGUUUUCUUAGCUAAUCAUAACCAAUAAAUGCGAGGUAUUUCCGGAAUAAGGUAAACGAAUACAUGUCAAAAAACGAUGUAUGAAGCCAUUUUUAUAUCCAAGAUGGCGACUUCCGGUUUAGCUAAAUUCACUAUAACUCCAGUGAUAUGAGUAUUUUCGGAAUGAAGUUGACGAGUUUACGACGGAAAUCGAUGGUUGAAGUCAUAGUGAAAUGCAAGAUGCCGACUCCCGGUUGAGAUAAAUUCACUAUAACCUCAAAAAUGUUGGUAUUUCUAAAAUGAAAUUGUCGAGUAGAUGACGAAAUCGAUGUCGGAAUCCAUUUUGAAAAUCAAGAUCUCCUUCUUCUGGUUCAGAUAAAUUUACCAUAACUUCAGCAAUACUCAAUCGGAAUGAAGGCCCGAUUUUAUCUGCCCCUGAUUUUGUCAGCUUUUUAAACCGAUUUUGUCAGCCUUAUAGAAAAUUCCGUUUGAUGGGCUAUAGCGAACAAACUAAUCCAAAUUCGAGAAAGGCCUAUAUUUUUUCUUAUCUCAAAAAUGCAACAUGUACAAAAAUAUAUCAUUUUGAUAGUUUUGCACUGCAAUUUAAACUAAAUAAUCAUGAAGCGAUUUUGAGAUUGUCAUGGGACUAAAGAGAAAUAUUUUUACAACUUCGUUUUAUUAAAAAAAAUAUGUCGUGAAUUUGUCAAUAUCCCUGUCAGUCUAAAGUUCAAGAGGCUGAAAAAACGGGUCCUCGCUGCACAUAGUGAUGGUAUGGUUAUAGACAAUUUUGCCCAACCGGAAGUCGCCAUCUUGGCCUUCACAAUGAUGUCGCUCAUCGAUUUCCGUCAUAUACUCGUCAAGUGUCAAGGAAUGUGAAGCGAACUUUUUUUCGAACUAAAUCACAAAUAACGAACUCUUUUUUUACGAACUAAUUCAAUUUACGAACUCCCGGUUUGGUUCGUAAAUGGUGGUUCCAGUGUGAUACACUGCAAGAACUGAAGGAAACAUACAAUUAAAAUCAAUGCCAUUCUACAGUGAUCUCGCUUUUCCGAGACAACACCACUGCGUUCCUUUCCUCUGUCCGGCGCUAGUGAAUUGCGAAAAAACAGGCUUCAUUAUCAGGAUGAAAAUUCUAGUAACAUUCCUCGUGAGUCAGUUGACACUAAAAAAAUCGAUCAAUUGGUAAAUAUUUCUCUCGUCACCAAGAAAAAUACACCAGAAAUGUUUCGACUCUUUUUCCGGAUUCUAUCCAGGAGCCACGGAUAUACAAAGUGCCGUGUUAGUGCAACAAAUUCAGUACCCCGAUGCAGAUAGACUUCUGAAGACGAUGACAUUUUGAUAUCUGUCAGUCUUGUCGGUGAUUGGCACUCAGUGCGGACAGAGGCCGGCGGAAAAUAAACAAAAAAAGUCUGCUGUGGUGAGUUCAAAAUAAUAGAGCGUCGGCCAACAUCUCGAACUUGCAAUUAGAACACAAUGAUUUUAUCAUAUACUCGAUCAUUUGAAAAACUAGUUCCAAUACACACUCAAACCGAACCUAUUACAAAAGAAUAUGCAAAUACACUUUCUAUGCGAUGAACGUUCAACAUGGAAACCACCGUGAAACAAGCAGUGAUGUUAUAAGCUAACAUUCAAAGAGGACUAGAAAAUAUAACGGGUUUCAAUAAAAAGAAUAUUAAACAAAACAUACACAGGUUGAGGUGAACUUUGCCCAAAAGUCACCACCAAGAAAGGAGUCACCGAAAAUACUCAUCCAGAUAUCCAUUGCGAAUGCGAUGCUGAGAAGCGAUAAAACUACUCUGCUCAAAGCAAAACAGUAGUGGAUUGAUGAAAAAAAACUGUAUAAAGAAAAAAGCUAGAUACCAGUAGAUUUUACAUAAAUGUAUUAAAAUUAGCGUGAAAUGAAGAGAGAAAAAGCUAGGGCAUAAAUAACUACUAUUGGUGGUAUCACUAAUUUGAUGAAGUAUUUCGUAACGAAAAACUAGUGUAAAUAUAGGAAACUUUUUUUUGAGGAACUGGAAAAGCGAUGGCGAGCAUUGAUGUAUUAAAUAUUAAUAACAGAGAACCACACCCACACACUAAAUAAUGUUGAAAGCGAGAUUAAAGGGACAAAAACAGUGUGUUUUCAAACCUGACAGAUAGGAGGUUAUAUAUUAACAGUGUUGGUUUAUGCUGACUUUUUUUUUGUUCUAAAUAUUGUGUAACUGUGAAGCAGUUGUUUAUCAAGACGCUCAAUUUUAGCAAAAGAUUACGUGGAUCACGUCAGAGUGCAGCAACUAUUAUUUAGAUACGUCGAUUUUUGAUUAUAUUGUGGUCAUGUUAUUAUGCUUAGUAUGGUAAGCUCAUACGCGAUAAGAAUAUCAAUAGUUUUAACUAAGUCACUGUCGAAAGAAUUGCUCGAGUAUUGGGAAUUCAGUUCCUUCUUGAUUGGCUUCGUAAUGGCUUGUUUGUGGUAGCUUAAAUUGAAAGUUGCAAAUUUGCUCAAUUGUUGACUUACUCCAUCGCUGGUUUAGGAUUAGCCAUUCAAGUUAUCCCGUUGGAGGUGUUUUCUAUUGUAACUAAAACAGAGUUCACUUGGAUUUGUCCAUUCAAACAACAGCUAAAACUAUCUAUGGAACAUUUCAUUUCCGGACCUGAAUAAAUGAAUCACAAACAACAUUGCAUCCAUUGUUUUGGAACAGUGUCUUCGCAGAUAUUUGUUCGGAAUCGAAUACUUGCUUUUGUUAAUAUUAAUUCGCUUACACGUGCAUAGAGUUUUACUCUACAGAGCGUUCAUCGAUGUUUUUUCUCGUAAGACCGUUGACGAACUGGUGACAGUAACCCCGUUUUCGUUUUGAUUAGAUUUUUCUAUAUUAUUCAACCAUAGAAUAUGAUGAUUUUACUAUAUAGUUGAAUUAUAUUUUGGUUGUUUUCAUGUAGCUUUCAAAUGGUUUACAAUAUCGCCUUGAUGUCAAUGGAAAAGUUACAGGAAAUGUUAUGAGCCUUACGAAAAACUAAUUGCUGUUGAUGGAGAAACGCGAAAAAUUUUGAUUUAAAAUGGCGUUUUGAAUCAUAUUCAAAAAUAAAAUUCUACUUUUAACUGCAAAUAGUAUGAAUUAUGAAAAUUUGUCGAAAGUUGUUGUUAGGAAAACUUUUUUAUUUAAAGCUUCUCCAUGAUCUAAAUACACUGAAAAAGCUUCUUUUAUGUAUGUAAAACGAUAAACAUGAGAAUUUUGACAAUUUACGAUGGGGUAACGCGAAAAACUUUUAAAAAGGAAAUAAUAACAUGAAUUAAUUGAUUUUAUUGGUGCAAAAUUCCAAAUAUCUCGAAAACUAAGUAUGAAAUUUAAAAACAUGUAUAAAGUUAUUGUUAGAAAAACUUUUUUCUGAUAAUUUCUCCAUCAUGAAAUUACAUUCAAAAUAUUUCUUUUCUCCUUAGGUUUUUGUUGACAAAAUACAAAAAAUGAUAAAAAAUGGGGUUUCCUGCAAUUUGAAUUUUUAUCAUAAAUUUUUGUUUUUUUUUUGUGAAAAAUGACAUUUUUCUCAGUGUAUAUUUUUUCGUGCAGAAGUAUUCAUUCCCUGUAACUCGUUCUUAGAUAGUUUUGCUGUAUAAAAUAGUGUAAUCGAACAAACAUUUUUUUCUCCACAAAGCGUUUGAGACUCCUAGUUAUAGCAGCACUGAUGAUGUAUAGUUUUUAUUAUGCACCCCUAUUUGGGACAAUCUAGGGCCUUUACGAGAAACCUGGAAUGGCGUUCGGUUUGAACUUUUCUUAGAGUUUGUAGGUGGGAAAAAAGAAUUCCCCCUUGCAGGGGUCGCAAGAGCCGUCAUCAUGAGUUGGCAAGAAACCGUUUAGGUAAAGAUAACCGGCGAGACUAACGCCGAAAUAAUAAAUAUAAACAACCGCAACUGAAAUGCCGAAUAAAUCAGACGUCUGCAACACGUGUGGCAAACGUUUGUAGGUGGCGCAGUGAUUGAUGCAAUGCAGUUGAAACGCAACUGUCAAAUACAUAUAAAUUCACUUCUCAGUGGUUUUCAUUUUAGUAUCGUCCUCAUGUUUGCCGUAUAGCGACUAUUAAGUAGCCGUGUCAUAUAGAUACUUGCAGGUGAAAUAACUCAUGGCCGGCAGUACAAGCAGGAUAACAGAUAAAUGAGCCUGAUCCAUUUCAACGUAACUCGGGACAGCAGAUCCGGUGAAAGUCAUGCUUAACCAGUCUGAUGCCAGGUCACGAUUCUUAACCAAUUCCCCGCGAGAGGCAAACGAAAAAAGCAUGUUUUUUUCUCGGCAUUUUAAACCCAACGCCGUCAAUCUCCACACUGCGAACAGGAAUGUAGACGCGAUACCCAAUCGUAAAUCGAGUACUGGUAGCGUUAUCUUUGGCCUACUUUAAGACACUCAAUACGACGGGCAGAUUAUCUGAAAUCAGAAAUCAGAACAUAUGGCUUAAGUAGUACUUCAUGUUGUUGGGAGAUUUGUGCCUUUCCGGGUUGGUGAGAAAAGUUCAGGGACGAGCCUUUAAAUACUUUCACUCCCGAAGACAUGGAAAACCCUACCUGUUAAGAUAGAACACCCUGAAGGGAAUGCUUACAUGUUCUCUUUGAUUAUUAAAACGUAAUUUAACAAAUAAACUACCAACACUCCAGAAGGGAUGUUGUAGUUACCGUACAGUUUAAACCUAUUUAGGUUUAAACAUUUACCUAUGCUAUGGUAUGCCAUUUUAUGAACGUCAUGAGUUUUGAAGAGUUUAAUUAAACGGUCGUCGAUACUGAAAGUAUCAGUAUUUGUAAUAUGUUUGUGAUUGAUGACUGAAAUCGUAAAACAUACCUGCCUCGCCAAAACUUCCGAGAUCUUUGGACACUUCUUGGCUUCACAUGGAAUACAAAGGAAUAACUAAUUCUAAUUGAGACUAUAUUAUUCGAUAAUGAAACGAACUAUAAAAGGGAUAACCAUGAAGGUCUCCAAUGAAAUCGACACUCAAUGCAACAGAAAAGUGGUCUUCUCCUUAAUAUACCAAUCCAGAUCUUGAGAUCGUCCAUGUAGAAGGUAGGUAACCUCUUCUGGUGAACUUUCUCCAUAGUUUAUCUGUUAGCCCUGCCCGUUUCGAUUGAGUGUCCUAUUCAGGGGGUUCAUUGCCAAACAAAACCAAAGCGAACUAAAGGAAUCGCCUUUAAAUGUCCUUCUUAAGAUGCGGAUCGUUUUAGACCGCAACACGUCUUCCCCACUUCUGAGCUGCAAUGUUGUCGUCCACCUCUCCAUCGCCUGUCGCAGGAACCUCACGAUUGGAGGAUGAACUUUAUACAUCUUCAAUACCUCGAUGAGGAACGAGUGCGGUAUGAAUCGUAUUCUUGUAAUCGAUAUAGGCCAUAUUAAGGUACUGUUGAUUACACACUGCUUGUCUGUUUGAUUGUAGAUUAGCGACGUCCGUUCAUCGCGAGAGAUGGAAUGCGAAAGAGGACGAGUGUCCGACAGUCGUUCGUAACUAUGACAUUUUACCGACUCACAUCUCAGUCAAAGGCCUUAGUAGAAAGGUACGCAAAGAUUGUGCAGAGAGUGAAGCCAAAAAAGUCCUAUCGAGCAAAAUUAGAAUUCAGCUUUGCUGCAGAGAUAUCAGAGAUGGAUUCCAAUUGUACUCGAUAGGUAGACUUUUCUUGACUUCACUCUUUGCGCAACUGUUCUCUAUAAACUGUGUAAAGAGUGAUCUACUUAUACCUCACAAUGAUGGAGCUCAGGAUCUUGUGCAGACUUGCUAGACAGGUAAUUGGUCUGUACUUUGAUGGGUUGGACCAGUUGCUGUCCUUGGGGAGGUGAAUUGGGUAUACUACGGUUGAUGAAAUCCGGCAAUAAGCGUGGUCCGCGUAACUCCCUCUUGACACAUAUAGCCAACGUGGAAUGUACAACGGUCAGCUUUUUGUACCAAAAGUUUUGGACACCCUCUAGCCCAGGUGCCACCCAAUUCCUUAGGUACCACGAAGCCUGCCCAUUACUUCUAGCGCCUUAGCCACGGUUAACCGCGAUGAUGUACGGGGGUCUCCCAAAUAUUGGCUCAAAAGCUAGUCACAUUGCAGAGCUACGCAGAAAUCGGGGUUCUCGGCUGAUUUAAUCAAAGAACGCUCGCUCGUUCUCACCGAACAUCCGAUUUUAUUGUCCUCGCUUCGCAGAAUCAUUGUAACGCCUUAGACUUUUUAAUAAGACACUCAAUUGCUGUACUAUUCCCAUCACUCGAAGCGCAGUAGAUGCCACGAUCGCAGUCACAUAACAACAUAAUUUUGCCAAUUUUUGCGCCUCUGUAUGCGGUCAACCUUCCAAUAGCGGCACGUUUGUUCGAGAUCCGACUCUCCAAUCUCCGCUGCAACGGAAGUACUUCGUGAUCCUGGAGUGCGACAUUGGGCCCGGAAUGAGAUAUUACGCAACCGCUUCGUCCAUAUUGUAGCCCGAAUCGCGUAGUAGCUGCAGAUCAAGAGGUAGGUCUUCUGGCAAUGAUUCUCUUUUUUUCACUUUCUAUUACUGACUAGGUACUUUUAUUCAGCUGUAGGUACUUGUGUGAUUUAGCUGUUGGCAGUUAGGGCAGCUCAUAAUUUUCGAAACAUAUAUGCGUACCGGAAGUCGAAGCUUGUUCAAGAGUACGUUGUUUGGAAGUACCUUCGAAUGUCAAUCACAAUGAUUUCGAAAGGAUGAUAACUUUUGCGUCAGCUGUUCCUGAUACUGAGUUAAACUAUUUGACUACUAGUAGCUUAACCGGCCGAAAGGGUUUUUAAAAUAACAACCCAAUGCUUAGGUCGGUGACAGUUAACGACUCUUUUGUUACAACUCCAUUUAUUUCGACGACGUUUACUCAAUAUUAAAGCGUGGGUCAUUUGCUAGUGCGUUGGCAUGUUUUAGAUCUGAAAGAACAACAUGAAGUUUAACAGCUUUGACCUUUAUAAUUUAGCGCACGCUAGCGAAAUGAGACUCUUACUUAUUUGCGAUAUGCGCAUUUCGGUCGGAAAUAAACCACAAACUGAUCGCCUGGACGCUCGUUACAUUGUUUGUCACGCAGAACAUUGUAGUUAGGAAAGACAUUUUUACCAGUACCUGUACCAGAACCCGUACCAGAGCCCAUUGCAGAACCCGUACCUAUCUAUCAUACUUUUCAUUUUACAGCAAAUUUAAAAUAGAAGGGGUCUUAGAAAAACUGUUCAAUUCAAUCAACUUUUGCGGUAUUGAUAUAAGGGGUUAUAGCACUGUAGAAUUUCAAAAAUAGCGAUUUUCUAUCUACUAGUCUAAAAUGUGCUUUAGAAUGUUAAAUUAGAUAUCCCACAUGGAAGACGAAAACAAUAUAUAACUGUUCAAAUUUUCAAUUCUGUCGCAACGCCUCUUAUGUAUAUCCCGUGUGUCCUACUGAAUUCUUUAGCCGCGUUUUUCUCGAAACCACUUUUUUUGAGCUGGCCGGAAAUGUAGCUCGAACAAAUGAUUUUUGGCGCUUUGAAAUUUUCAAAGUAUAUUUAAAAUUGAUUUCUCCCGCGACGUACUUAGGAUUUUAUUUUUUAUUUCUUAAUUUUUUUUUAAUUUAAAUUUUGUGUCGAUUUUGAUGACAUUUUUUCACUUAAAAGUGCGUGAAAAUAUGGAAGAGAAAAUCCUACGUGCGUCGCUUGCGACUGACAUAAGAAAUCAGAAAAACUUUAGUUUUGGGCUCUAAGUCAAAAAUUAAGGGAGAUAGAUUUCCGGCCAUGGAUCCCUUCCAAAAAAAACUUGCAUGGGGGAAAAUGCUGCACAGCCGCCAUUUGAGAUGAAUUUACUUGAAAAAAAUAUUUUACGUGAUUCAGUACCUUUGUUAUAAAUCCCAUUUACCAAGAUCCCGAUUCGCCUGUUUGUUGCGUUAAGAAAAAUUCUCGAAAUAUGCCCAUUUUUUCAUGCUGACUCUCCGUAAUCGGAUACACAACGAUCACAUGAAUAAUACUCAGCGCGCAGAACAGUCAUGUGAUAAUUGAGUUUGCAAUGUCCAGUCAGUGCCCUGACUAGAACACUGUAGUGCUGUACUUGGAUAAAUGCAACAAAUUCUAUGGCAUUUUCGGACUCACAUCCAGCAGAAAAGUCUUUGUUUGAAUGCAAGUUUGCAAGCUACGUCAAUGAUUGGCAUGUUCGAAUGCAGCCCAAGAGCGAAGCUUGUGCUUUAUCCAACUUGUCGACAGUGGUAGAAUUGGUUCUGGACCAACGAAGUCAAUCGCAGCGCCAGCUCUAGCCAAUUCGUCCGCCCAUUCAUUUUCAGUAAUACCGAAAAUGACCGGGUACCCAUUGAAGGUAGAUUAGCAUUUAAAAUGCUAAGUUCUUCGAUUUGAGUUCGACAUGCGAUUACUAAUUUCGCUCUCGAAUCUGCCGAACUAAGUGCUUUCAGGGCAGCCUGGCUGUCAGAGCAAAAAUAGAUUCUUUUACCGCAAGUUCCCCGUUGAAGUGCUGAUUGUACGCCACACAGAAUCGCAAAGAUAUCUGCAUGGAAUAAGGUACAGUAGCUACCAAGCGAAUUAGAUUGGUUUAAUCUCAUUUUAUGACAUUAGACACCAGCACCGGCUCGGCCCUCCAACAAAGAACCAUUCCUCGCGAAGAGGAAUUCUCACAUUCAAAGUUCUAUACUGGGUCACUGGGAGCAAGUGUAUACUCAUCCCAAUUAACCGUUUGGGGCCACAGUCUUGUAGUUGUUGCGAUCUAUUGGGUUACUGUUCCAGAGUCCAAGUAUGCACAAGAAAGUGCUUCUUGUUUCAGAAACACAUGUAGUGGUUUUAUGUUCAAGAGUGCCUCUAGCGCAGCAGUAGGUGUUGUCGAGAACGCACCAGUCAUCACCAUCAAGACCAUCCUCUGAAUAUGGUUUAACUUUGAUUGGACUGUCAUGACUAAUCCCUUCUACCACUAAACAAGGCACCCGUAUGCCAGUGUUGGUCUAACAAUUGUUGUGUAGAUCCACUGAAUGGAUUUGGGUUUGAGUCCCCAAGAUUGGCCGAAAGCCCGUCUACAUUGGCCGAAAUCCAUGCUAGCUUUCUUGAUCCUGAAUUCGCUGUGAGCUGUCCAAUUAUGUUUUGAGUCAAGAAUUACCCCAACGUACUUAACUUGAUCUGCGAUAAUAAUUUCACAGUCAAAGAACUGCAAUGGACGAGCUCCGGUUGUAAUCCUCCGUUGCGUGAAAAGCACCAUUGAUGUUUUAUUUGGAUUGACAUGAAUGAAGACACCAUUGCUCAACAACACAUAUGGCUUGUUGCAUCAAAUAAAAAAGUGCGUUAAUGCAAAUACCGGUGAUCAUUAUGUGAUAAUCAUCGGCGAAACCAUACGUUGGAAAACCAAGCUCAUUAAAUUUCCUCAGCAAGCCAUCGGCGACAAGCUUCCAUAGAAGUGGUGACAGCACACCACCUUGAGGACAUCCGCAGACACUCAGUUUCCUAUCACUAUUUGUCUUAACGAUGAGAACAGAUGUCGGUCGCUAAGCAUUGCGUGUAUCCAGUUCGUGAUAUAUGAUGGUACUCCAUGACCUCGUGCUGCUUCCAGAAUGGAUUCGAAAGACAAGUUGUCAAAAGCACCUUCAAUAUCGAGAAAACUCCUAAACUUGAUUGCUUUUGUGAAAAAGCUUUUUCAAUGUUGUAGGCAACAUUCUGUAACAGGGUGGUAGUAGACUUCCCCUGCUGAUAUGCAUGUUGCAUUCCAUGCAGCGGGUGGUUGCCCAGGCUAACAUCCCGAAUGUAGUGGUCGAUUAAUCGUUUCACUGAUUUGAGGAGGAAGGAGGUCAGACUGAUCGGUUUAAAGCUCUUUGCCUCAUCAUAAGUGACGCGGCUAUCUUUGGCAAUGAAUUUGACAGUUAUUUCCCACCACGCUAAUGGAAUGUAUCCUGUUGCAAGACUACAAGUAAGAACCUUUUUCAAACUAUACUUGAAGUGUUCAUCUCUUUUUUGUAGUAGAACUGGAAUGAUUUCAUCCUUUCCGGGAGACCUAUACGGAGAAAAACUUUCAAGCGCCCAUUUGAUCGAUUCGGUUGUCACAAUUCUACGAACAAAUGCCCAAGAAUCUGAACUACCUGAAAAGAACUCAGGGGCAGUGAUGUUUCAGCUGUACAGUCCAAAAUUAUAGCGUCGAUACGCUAUAAUUUACGCCAACGUUUCGAUCCAUGGAUUUUAUCUUCUUCAAGGCGUUUGAUUGUACAAAAAUAUUUCAUUUAUCAUUUCAUUUAUCAUUCUAAUUGAUUGUUCCUACAAAAACUCACUGAAUUACAAUCGACAAAGUUAUAUUGCAUGUUAUAUACGGAGAAUGUAGAAAAUGGGCUAAACCGUCACUAAUAAUCGACCGGUGGUAAUAAAGGUAGUCUUUACUACUAAACAGUUUGACUUUCCAAGAGCUUUAUGUUUGCACAAAUGAUUUCCUUUUUGUUGGACCCUUCAUUAUGAGAAAAUGCCUUCAACUAGAUUUCCUACGAUUUUUCGUUUUAAUGAAUGCUUUAAAAUAUCAAAACUCAUUUGCUCAAGUUUCUACACUAGCAGCAAGUAGCUAUUUAUGGUAAUCGAAGCAUAAUUUUUGACGCAAACACGUCUUUAAAAAUUGCAACCAAAAACACUGGUAAGCGCAAAGCGAAAAGUAUUUAUACAAGAUAUCUCGAGGAUAAAAAAGAAGUGUUACUAAAAAGAGAUUAUAGCUACUAGAUGGAGCAAAAAGCUACUGUCUCCAUGUAUUCACGGGCUCCAACAUGGGAUCUCGCUCUAACAUGUGGUAUCUAUAGUUACUAUAUUCAUAGUUAGGCGAACACAAAAGCCGGAAAACUGGCAGCUCUUAUUUCAGAAACAAAACAUUGUCAUCCCAUGCAAAUGUUCAAGCCCUAGCUUAGUAGUUUCAUACUUGUGCGAAUAUCUUUCGGUGUUACAGAAAAAAUAUUGUUUAUCUAUGUUCGAUAACACAUGGAAAGAACAUAAUAAUUAUCACCAUAACGGCAAUACCUUUUCCAUAUACACCCAAAGAGAACAUGUUGUGUGACGUCAUUGGCUCCGGCAUAUGAAAUGUUCAAUUGCCUCCGAUCAGUGUCUCCGUCUAACUAUGAAUAUAGUAACUAUAGUGGUAUCCCAUCACUUCGCCAUGCGUGUGACAAACUAAUAGACUUAGCCUAUGUAAGAGCGAGAUAAUAAACCAUCAGUGUAGUUAUAAUCUCUUUUGUUAUUAAGCGAAGCAGAAAGAAACCACAAAACCACAUAUAUUCAGGUUAGUGAACAGAAAUUCUAUAUAGUUGCUAGAUAUUACUCAAUGUAUGACAAACCGAUGAGCAGAACUAAUCUAACGAUAGGCAGAAAUUAAAGCAUAAGCAACGAAAUUAUUGUAACCUUAAAUGCUAAAGGGCUCUGGCAAACUUAAUUGAAAUUAAUGUAAACUCCUCACAGCUAGGAAAAAAAUAAAACAAAAUAGAACAAGUAACGGCACUUCGACAUCGGCGCUUGAGCCGAAAAAAACAAACAAAAGCAGGCCGGAACAAGAGCUGUAACAAAUAUGUGUUAAAUAAAAACUAAAUACAAGCGCAAACGCAAAAAAUGAAUAACUUCUCACACUCUACUGAAUGUUAUAUUACUAACAAAAGUAAUCAAAAUACAGAAGUGUGAUAAAGCAUCACUUUAGAGCGGAACGAAUGAACCGGAAAACAGGAAAAAAAACCACAACAAACCAACUCUACUAAAAUAGUCAAUGUGUCACUCGUUUGAAGAGAACAAAACUAUUGCUAGAGUUAUUUUUGUACCACUAAAAUCAAGCUACACACAUUACAUUAACGUGAGCAAACCAAAAAACAAGCAUUGUAAAAUAAGCAGAAUUGUCAAUAACCAGGCAUUUAUCACAGUACCCAUUCAGAAACUAACCGAAUAUGCCAUAAUAGUGCUAGAGAACUGUCAUACUCAUAAAGAACCACAAAAACAGCAAACAAAGCAUUCAUAGAGUGUUUGAUUUACGUACACCCCCCUGAACAAAAAAUUAACGAACGAACUAAAAUGCUUUUAUAAUUAGGAGAAAAUUAAUGCAUAAGCAAAAUUUGUACACUAAUGCAGAUUAAUUUUGAUAGAAUUGUACAGGAUAAUCAGUUUAUUAAGUGCAGCACGCCGAGUAUGAGAGAUAAGAUUCGGGUGUAGGGAAACGCUACACAGAAUUGAUACCAAAACAAAACAAAAAAAACCUAGAUAAAAACGCCAAAUUGGACGAAUGAAGCGAGGAAUGUAUUUUUAUAUAUAUAAAUAUAAAAAUAAAUAAAUAACCUGAGAGCAACAGAUAACUGUAGGAAAACACAUAUGUUACCAACUUUUUUACCGAGUAAACUAAAACGGAAAGCUAACUGUAUCGGAAGACCGCAGUCGGGUGCUUCAGAAGCACCGGACGAGAGAGGGAGAGAGAGAGAUAUAGAGAAAAGUGUUAUUCUCAAAACAGAUCUAAUGAGAAAAUGUUAAUGAUUCAUAAGAACUAAAACAGGAAAAUGAGAGCGCAAAAUAUUAUACUACUAGUAGAUCUAAUGAAAUUUUGAUAAUUUUAGUAAAGAAUUUUCAACAAAUUUAUUUUUGUAUGAAAAACAAACGCAUGUGGCCGGAAGAAAAGAAACGGGCACUGGUAGGGAUAAAAGCAAAAUUUUAAGUUAUUUCAUAAGCGAAAUAAAACCUAAAACACCGGUAUUAAGAGGAUGAAAAAACGGAACAUGUUGAGCUAUUGUUCUAAGUUAAAUAAAACUAAACCACAAAAGGAAUGUAAGAAAAUGCUUUAAUUGAUAUAUAUGUAUAUACAAGAUGAUGUCAUAAAAUGAAUAAAGAAUAACUAAAAAUCAAGAAGCAAACAAAAAAGUGUACGGUAUAAAAACCAACCAGAAUAUUAAUGUUAUUUAUUUAUUGAUAUUUAUGUAUAAAACAAAGAAAACGAAAAACACAAAAGAAAAGUGAGACAAAAAAAACAAGAUGAUGGAAGAGUAGAAGGUAAACCAUACACACACAUACACAUGAAAAAUGGGCAGGUUAGGUCAAACAAUUGUUAUAUACAGUGACAGAAGCUAGGAGAGAGUGAAAGUGAGGAUUCAAAAAAAAUGAAACCGUAUCAUAACUGACUAUUAAAUAAAUAAUGCCGAUAA